CUCUACAUGUCUGAGCAGUCUGGCCUGGAUACAGAGCAAGAUACCAGGAAUGCACUGAGACGGCCUGGCAGCUGGCGUGUGCAGGCACCAUGGAGCUCAUGGCGUAGCAGGCGCUGGAGGCUGCUCCCCAGCCCCACCUGCCAGGCCUGAGGAGGCCCCAAGCACAGACCUGCAGGGGACAGUAUCAGUAGACAGAUGUUCCUGAGUGGACUGGUGUGAAUGUGCAAAGGGUGGAGGAUGCCAACCAAGGGGUGCUACUUCCUCAGUGAGGGCGAAGAGAGCCCAGACCAAAAUGCACUCUAUGAGAAGUACAGCCUCACCAACCUGCAGGGGCCGCUGCUGCUCAUGGUCCUGUUUGUGGCUAUCCUGGCCUGCGCUGCUCUCGUCGCCAUCACCUUUAUCAUUGAGGAACCCUCCAGAAACAAGGCCGUCCUUGGGACAGCAUUCCUGAUGCUUCUCAUGUUUGUUGCCCUGUACCUGCUGGUAUAUUUUGACUGCCUCAUACGACGGCGGCUCAGGACCUUGGCCUUGCUUAUCUGGGCUUGCCUCAUGACACUGGGCUAUGUGCUGCUGUUCGAUUCCCGGAUGAAGACGGCCUGUGCGUGGAACCAGGUACCCUUCUUCUUGUUCAUCAUCUUCGUGGUGUACACAUUGUUGCCCUUCAAUAUGUGGGGGGCCAUCGCCGUGGGAAUUGUCUCCACCACCUCCCACCUCCUCGUGUUUGGAGUCCUGAUGAUGGAGGCCUCCAGUGUGCCUGGUGACUCCGUGGAGUUAAAGCUACUAAGUAAUGCCAUUAUCCUCCUGUGCGGCAAUUUCACGGGGGCCUUCCACAAGUAUCAGAUGCAGGACGCCUCCCGAGACCACUUCACCUACACUGUGAAGUGCAUCCAGAUCCGAAGCAAGCUGCGCAUUGAGAAGCGUCAGCAGGAGAACCUGCUGCUCUCAGUGCUGCCAGCCCACAUCUCCAUGGGCAUGAAGCUAGCCAUCAUCGAGCGGCUCAAGGAACACAGGGACCGACGCUACAUGCCGGACAACAACUUCCACAGCCUCUAUGUCAAGCGGCACCAGAAUGUCAGCAUCCUCUAUGCAGACAUCGUGGGCUUCACGAGACUGGCCAGUGAUUGCUCCCCCAAAGAGCUAGUGAUGGUGCUCAAUGAACUCUUCGGUAAAUUUGACCAGAUUGCCAAGGCCAACGAAUGCAUGCGGAUCAAGAUCCUGGGUGACUGCUACUACUGUGUGUCGGGCCUGCCUGUGUCCCUGCCUACCCACGCUCGGAACUGUGUGAAGAUGGGGCUAGACAUGUGUGAGGCCAUUAAGCAGGUGCGGGAGGCCACAGGUGUGGACAUCAGCAUGCGUGUGGGCAUCCACUCAGGGAAUGUGCUCUGCGGGGUCAUUGGGCUGCGGAAAUGGCAGUAUGACGUGUGGUCCCAUGACGUGUCCCUGGCCAACAGGAUGGAGGCGGCUGGAGUUCCUGGUCGGGUGCAUAUAACGGAGGCCACACUGAACCACCUGGACAAGACAUACGAGGUGGAGGAUGGGCAUGGUCAGCAGAGGGACGCCUACCUGAAGGAAAUGAACAUCCGGACCUAUCUGGUCAUUGACCCUCGGAGUCAGCAGCUGCCCUCAGCUAGCCAGCACCCCCUGAAGCCCAAGGGGGACGCGGCUUUGAAGAUGAGGGCAUCGGUGCGGGUGACCCGCUACCUGGAGUCGUGGGGUGCUGCCCGGCCCUUUGCACACCUCAACCACCGCGACAGUGUGAGCAGCAGCGAGGCCCCUGCUCCUCCUGUCCGGAGGCCCAGGGCCAUUCCCCUGCGGCGCCACUGGACUCUAGAAAGAAGUGCAUCUCCGAAGGGGCGGUCAGAGGAUGACUCCUACAAUGAUGAGAUGCUGUCAACCAUCGAGGGGCUCAGCUCAGCAAGGCCCUGCUGCUCCAAGUCAGAUGACUUCUACACUAGCACCUGUGUGCCCCUUUUCCUGGAGAUGGACUUUGAGCGAGAGUACCGUUUGGCACCCAUACCCCGGGCCCGCCACUACUUCGCCUGUGCUAGCCUUGUCUUCCUCUGCAUCCUGCUCAUCUACUUCCUGCUGAUGCCCAGGAUGGCAGCUCUCGAUGUGUCCUUCGGGCUGGUGGCCUGCGUGCUGGUGCUGGUGCUGGGCCUGUGCUUUGCUGACGAGUUCCUGAGGUGCUGCCCAGCCUGGGGGAUGCUUCGAGCCAUCCCCGAGAGGGUGGAGACACAACCCCUGCUGAGAGUGUUCCUGGCCAUCCUGACCAUUGGCAGCCUACUCACGAUCGCCAUCAUCAACCUGACACUGUUGCCACUCCCAGGCCCAGGGCUGUCUGCAGGGAACCAGACGAACCUCGGGGCUGUGAGCAGCCAGGCACCAUGUGAGCUCCUACCGUAUUACACCUGCAGCUGCAUCCUGGGUUUUGUUGCUUGCUCCAUCUUCCUGCGGAUGAGCCUGGAGCUGAAGUUCCUGCUGCUGACUGUGGCCUUGGUGGCCUACCUGGUGUUGUUUAACAUCUCCACAUGCUGGCAGUGGGAUUGCUGUGGCCGUGGCCUGGGCAACCUCACCGAGACCAACGGCACCCACAGUUCGUCUUGUUCAUGGAGGGAUUUGAAGACAAUGAUUAGCUUCUACCUGGUCCUGUUUUACAUCACCCUCAUCAUGCUCUCCGUACAGAUUGAUUAUUACUGCCGUCUGGAUUAUUUGUGGAAGAAGAAGUUCAAGCGGGAACAUGAAGAAUUUGAAACCAUGGAGAGUGUGAAUCGUCUUCUUCUGGAGAAUGUCCUGCCAGCCCAUGUGGCAGCCCACUUCAUUGGCGACAAGUUAAAUGAGGACUGGUACCACCAGUCGUACGACUGCGUGUGUGUCAUGUUUGCAUCUGUGCCGGACUUCAAAGUGUUCUACACAGAGUGUGACAUCAACAACGAAGGGCUGGAGUGCCUGCGCCUGCUGAACGAGAUCAUCUCAGACUUUGACGAGCUGCUGUUAAAGCCCAAGUUCAGUGGUGUGGAGAAAAUCAAGACCAUCGGCAGCACAUACAUGGCAGCUGCAGGGCUCAGCGUCACCUCUGGGCAUGAGAACCAGGACCUGGAGCGGCAGCAUGCCCACAUUGGCAUUAUGGUGGAAUUCAGCAUCGCCCUGAUGAGUAAGCUGGAUGGCAUCAACAGGCACUCAUUCAAUUCCUUCCGUCUCCGAGUUGGCAUAAACCAUGGGCCUGUAAUUGCUGGAGUGAUUGGGGCCAGGAAACCUCAGUAUGACAUAUGGGGAAACACAGUCAACGUUGCCAGCCGAAUGGAGAGUACUGGGGAACUUGGGAAAGUCCAGGUUACUGAAGAGACAUGCACCAUCCUGCAAAGACUGGGUUAUUCCUGUGAGUGCCGUGGACUGAUUAAUGUCAAAGGCAAGGGCGAACUAAGGACUUACUUUGUCACAGACACUGCCAAGUUCCAGGGCCUAGGACUGACCUGAGAGCUUUCGGUGGGUUCAGCAAAUGCUGGGAAGCCAUUUCCUUUCCCGGAGCAAGCCAAGAACACCACACAGGCACUGAAGGUGAUUUGGCCAUCACCAAUCCUGAAAGGCUGUACCUGACUUCCUUGUAUUACACUGGAUAAUCUCUGAUAUGCACAUCAGAUCUGACUCCAACUGCCUGCAGCCGUCCUGCCAUGCUGUUGGGGCCUAUACUGCACUCUCCCAAACAGGAAGAGGCUCACUCUUCCUACAGUUGUACUAUUUUACUUCCUUGUUCCCUUAGGUAUUGGGGGGGGCAGUGAAGGGGGAUGGGCUUAGAGCACACCCCCUUAGUGGCUUGUGAGGGAGGACGAGUUAAGAACUGGUUUUCUAGUUAUCAAAGAGCAUUAAGCCAAGUUGUCUGCAGUGAGCUGGGGACUUCCUUCUUUCCAGCUGGACAUGAUGUUGGUUCUAUAAUCAUUUACAUAAGCAUUCGGAUAAGUGGUGAAAGUGUUUAUAAUCUAUAAAUGGCUUCCAGUGAUAGGGAUGGAAAACCACAAGUAACACUUGUUCCCUUCCUUCUUGACAUCUCUGGCAUGUUUAUUUUAACUGUCCAGUAUUAGUUUCUAAAGUGCUAGCUGUGGGGACAGACCUUACAACAGGAAGGUAAAGGAUGUGAAUCCGGGAACUUUUGACACAAACCUUUGGGCUAGGUUCAAAGAGCUGAAAAUCUAGAAAAGGCAGCCAUAUAUCUUUCCCUGGCCAUUCCUGUAUUUUUGAGUUCUUUGCAAUCUUCAGCUAUGAGUGGCUUCAAAAAUUAUAUAGAAAACUGGAGUUAAAAGAAUCUCCGUACUUUUGGUAGCCCAUUCUAUUUUAGCAUUUGUUUUGGAAAAGAAUACAUAGCGAGAACUUGGAACAACCUGUAAUAUUACUGUAUAUUCUUGUGUAUAAGCCAAGUUUUUCAGCACUUUUAUGCAGUUUUUGUGGUAAAAUUAGGUACCUUGAUUUUUGGGUUGGCUUAUACUCGUGUAUAUACAGUACUUUCCCUUUUUUAAUCCUUUUAAGAGUUUCUAAACUAGAAAGAUCUAGGUAACUUGCACAGAGAUCUCUGUACUUAGCAAGACAGGCCUUUCACACAAAGAUGUGCUUAUUCUGAACAUGUGCAAAAGGCCUAAUCGGUUGUAACAAAUCGCCUGCUUGAAGGUAAGGGACACCCUGAACUGCUCCAUCAUCAGAGCACAAAGACUGACAUGCAGAGCACACACAGUUUUUAAUUCAACAGAACGUCACUACUCAGCAGAAAAUGCCAUAAGGUGAUGCAGAAAAUAUUGUACAGGGAAGCCUUCAAAUGCUUCCACAGGGUUGGAGAUAGGUGACUAGCAACCCCAUUUUGCCUGAAGAUGUCACUGAACAAGUACUGCCUGCUUGCCUUGUGUCCUGUUGUUGUGCUCCAACAGCCUAAAACAAGGGACUCUGCCAUUGAGUCAAUUCUGAGACUCAUUGCAACCCUAUAGGACAGGGUAGGACUGCCCCUGUAUGUUUCCA